CUUCCCCCUUGCUAAAACCUGAUGAUUUUUCUUAGAGAUAGUAAGAACUGCAGAUGCUGGAGUCAGGGGUAACGCAGUGUGAAGCUGGAGGAACACAGCAGGCCAGGCAUCACCAGAGGAGCAGGAAAGAGUCGGGACCCUUCAUCAGAAAAUGAACUUCCUCUGAUGCUGCCUGGUCUGAUUUUUUCUGCCUAUUUUUGAAUCAGUUGGAAGAAGAAACGGGACUGUAUUUUUGGGGAGUUUUAGAUGAAAACACCACGUAUCACCACCAAGACAGUAACAUGCAGCGACUGAUAUUGGUACUGUUUGUGUUUUCUAUCUGCUUCACCAAAGGAAGUCUCAAAUCAUGUCCGAAAUUACCGGUGCAAAGAAAUUUCACUCUCAGUGAAUUCAUGGGAACAUGGUAUGAAAUUAAAGCACUUUCUACACGUUUCCUGAGAGGAAGCUGCAUCACACACACAUUUGCCAAAAACUCUAAUCUUUGGAUCAACGUUAACACUACCGAGAAGAAGGACGAUGGUAAAAGAAUACUUUACAUUGGAAAAUUAACUGUUGCUCGUCUGAACGAAUCAGCUAAUCUUCAAGUACGGUGGGCAGACGGUGGGCACCUGGGCUUUGUUGUAGAAUCAGAUGAGUUCAGCUUUAUCCCAUUCCAGAUAUUAGCCUCUGACUGUACAAGUUAUUCACUGGUCUACUCCUGCACUCAGCAUAAUUUGUAUCCCACGAUCUAUGCAUGGAUUUUGUCAAGACAUGCGUAUUUGGAAGAAAGUACCAUCGAUCAACUGGAAAAUAUUCUGAAAGAUCAUAAAAUCAAACUUGAUAAAAUACAUACAAUAGAUCAACAGAACUGCCCUUAAUAAAGAGGUGAUCAAAAACCACACAAAUCAACAUUUUAAUCUGUUAUCAAAAUGAAUUGUUUUAGUUUAUGUGAUUGUACAUCACAAGUGAGUUAAUGUAACCGGAAUGACAUGUUAUAUGCUAAGGUUUUUUGUGUGGACUAUGAAUUGUGAAGAUUUACUUUUACUAGAAAUGAAAGUCAUAAUAGGCAUCUCCAAGUUAUCAUUAGUUGUCAAUAUUUGUCCCCGUUAGAAGUAAUGUGCCUAUCAAAACAUCUGUACUGAUUUUAAGCUCUGAUUCAUAUAUCAGUAGAAUUUAUUGAGCCAAGUACACAUGCAGUGGUAAUUUUUCUUCAAAUUACAAAGGGCUUUGCUGAGGUAAUGUUAUCAACUAGGUAGGCAUAAACUGAGUACUGAUAUAUUUAGUACUAAUGUGUUUGAAAAUAAUGAACCUGCUGAUUUAGACUAUACAAACCAUCUCUUCUUUUGCCAUUAUGACUUAACAUGUCAAAAAAAAUGAAUGGGCAACUUCUUACCCUCACACCUUGCUGUAAACCAUGCAUUCCGCAUUGCUUGCUUGUUUUAGAAACUACCUUCUAAGGUAUUAGGUACAUUUUCCGGAGAGUAAAGUUACAUGCCAUCCCUACUCAGAAAUAAUGUUAAUUUCCAUGCAAGUGAAAAUUAAACAUUUUCGAAGACAGUCAGUAAGCCAUCAUAGCAGCCUUUAAUCCUGAUGAUAAGCGUAAAAUGUAAACCAUAAAGUUUUGAAAUUAAAGUAACCAAUUUUAACCAUCUCAUAAA